CAUCUCCGCUCACGCUAUCUUUCUCCUCGGAUCUCAUCGCACGACACCAACGAGCAUUCUAGUAGAUGGAUCCGUCGUCCUCCCCUGCCACGCCGCCGGCUACCAAGCAAGCCCCACCCCUGCCUACUGAAAACGAAGUGGCAGAGUACCUGCUUCUGCUGGGGAAAACCGCCGGCCCCGAGGACGAGAGCGCGCACCCGGAGGACUUUGAUCUGGAGGAGGAACAUAAUCCAGUUCCAGAUGAAUCUACCGUAGAGGUGGCCAUGGAUGGGCAGGAUGAUUCUUCUGACAGGACUCUGGUGGUGACUACUGGUCUGAUAGAGUCUAGUGCUCAUGAAGCGCAAGACAUGGAAGAAGAAGUUGAUACGCUAGACAACGAAGAAGGAGAUGAACCACUGAAGGAAUACUUUUACGGUCCAGUGAUAAUCACGGAACCAGUGCGGUGGUGUAACAGGAGAAAUGGCCGUUGGUGGCUUUGCAGCAAGAUUGCACACCCAGGCUAUACUGUGUGCUUGCAUCACAUGAAGAACCUCCCUGAACACUUAAAAAGGGAAUUACAUUCAAAUGAGCUGCAAGCUAGCACUCUCAGGUCUAAAGCUGUAGAUUGGGAGGAGAAAGCCGGUCCAUCUUCGCUCGAGGCACUUUCUGGCCCAUCUGCUGUGUGAGAUGACGAUGCCGGCCCCGCUUAGCACAUUUUCAUUGACAUUGUUGUUGCUAGGAGUGUUGCUUCUUAGCAACAUGAGUAAAUGUUGAACAAAUGGUGGCAU